CGUGUUCAGAGAGUCGCGUAGUUGCUGCGUCUCACGGUCGCGAGGAAAAUCACGCUGACCCCAGGGCUUCUGCACUGCAGCGAGGCCUCGUUCAGCGGAAGCCUGCGAGUGAAUUCCACCCAGACGAAAGUUUAGGGGGCAGGCCGCGUUAAGGACAUCUCUUCAGGCCGAAAGAUAAAACAGCUCUCUUAUCGCUCCGCUUCCGAUUUACUCGUACACAAUGACGUCACUACUCUUCGUGUUCCUAUUGGCCAGCGUCUCCCUGUGCUCCGCCCUCAUUGACGGUCACGAAGCCGAGACCGGCAAGGGAGUCCGCACCUUGGACAAAUUGAGCGGCGGCGAGUACAUCCGGGCCCUGCACCGGCUGGGCGGCCGCCGCCUAGACAAAAUCAGCGGCGGCGAACUGCUCAGGGCGAUGCCGGAGUCUCAAGACAGGUCGUCGGGCGAGGUGCUGCGGUCCCUGGGCGGGCCCUACGCGCUCAGGCGCCUCACGGUGCCCAGAGGCCUCGACAGAAUCAGCGGCGGGGAGUACAUCCGGGCCAUGGGUCCGCCUGGCUUCCCAGCCGGGCCUGCGGCGGCUAAGAGGUUCGACUCCUUGAGCGGCCUGACGUUCGGCGGCGACCAGCACGCGGCGCGGAAGCGGUGGUACGGCCACGGGGACUUCGACGAGAUCGACAACGUGGGCUGGCCGGGCUUCACCAAGCGCAACUUCGACGAGAUCGAUCGAACGGGUUUCGAGGGAUUCUACAAGCGGGCCGCCAACGCCGCCGCCGCACCGGCUGCGCGCGAAGACUAA